CACGCCAAACAUUUGACUUCCGCUUACAGGCUCAAAACUGAAAGGCAGGUUCGUGCAAAGCGGCGGAGCAGCAGAGGGCAUGGUGUUCGGGCGGAGCAAGUCGUCCUCGUCGACAACGCCGUCCGCCCCCUCAAAGGCCGCAGCAGCGUGCUCGGAGCUGCGGGCGGCGUACCACGAGUGCUUCAAUCGGUGGUACGCCGACAAGUUCGCCAAGGGGCAGUGGCAGAGGGACGACUGUGCCGACCACUGGCACAAGUACCGCUCCUGCCUUGAGGAACAUUUGGAAGAUAAGCAUCUGAGGCAAAUCCUACUGGACGCAGAAACUUCUACGUUUUAUGCCAGGCCUGAGACUGAUCCUCCCUCAGGACAGGGAGAUACAAAGUGAAAGUAUCGCCAACCAUAUCAUUUUUUAUUUCACCCAAUCAGAAUAUAGAGAGCCUUGGUAGAUGAAAUAGAAACUCCCUAGUAUCUGGACACUUGUGAGGUCCUGGGUCAUUUAACACUUGAGAAGUCGAGAUGGAAUUUGCAGACAAAAAAAUUCCAGGGUCAGAAUGGUGUACCUUGCUUACUAGCUGGAAACACCGGAAGAAUUAAGAAUAGAAUCUGCUGUGUUGAAGAAUGGUGUGUUUCAUUGAUGACUUUGUUUUCAUAGAAGUUGUUGUGUCAUGGGAUUUCAGAGAUAGUAUUGUUUUCAAGACUUCUCUUUCCAAUGA